AUGGCAGCGUAUAACUCGAUUGUGUCUGCUAUUGAACAACGAGACAAUGCCAUAUUUUUUGUGGAUGGUCCCGGAGGGACAGGAAAGACAUACUUAUAUCGUGCUUUGUUAGCAACCUUAAGGAGUAAGGGUCAUAUUAUAUUGGCAACAGCAACAUCUGGAAUUGCAACAACCAUAUUGCCAGGUGGAAGGACAGCACACUCUAGAUUUAAAAUUCCCCUCAGUCCAGAUGCAUCUUCCACAUGUUCUAUUAGUAUCCAGUCAGAUUUGGCAGAAUUGAUAAGAAAAACAUCAGCUGUUGUUUGGGAUGAAGCACCAAUGGCACACAGGUUUGCAUUUGAGGCUCUCGAUCGAACGUUCAAAGAUAUAAUGCGUGUUGACCUACCAUAUGGAGGAAAGGUCAUAAUCUUUGGAGGAGAUUUUCGACAAGUUCUUCCAGUUGUUCCAAAAGGUACAAGAUCUGAAUUGAUGCAAGCAAGUAUGAUUAAUGCUUCAUUUUGGGAACACGUGAAAAUCAUUCGUCUUAGGCAUAACAUGAGAUCCAUCAAUGAUCAAGACUUUUCAGAGUUCUUACUUCAUGUUGGUAAUGGGGAACAAGAAACUAUGAUAGACGACAUGAUGCAAUUACCAUCAUCUAUGGUUAUUCCAUGGAAUGGUGAAGAAUCCAUUGUCCAAUUGGUUAGUGAAGUUUUCCCCGAUUUGGAAUGUCAUGUAUGUGAUGCAAGAUACUUGGUGGAAAGAGCAAUUAUAACACCAAAAAAUGAGGAUGCUGACAAAAUCAAUAAAAUGAUCAUCGAUAAAUUUCCGGGGAUUGAACAUAUCUUAUACUCUUUCGAUUCAGUUGAGGACGAUGUGAGAAAUUUGUAUCAACAAGAAUUCUUGAAUUCAAUCUCACCUGGUGGAAUGCCCCCUCAUCAGUUAACUUUGAAAAAAGGUGCCCCGAUAAUGCUUUUGAGAAAUAUCGAUCCGAAGAUGGGGUUGUGCAAUGGUACAAGACUGGCUUGCCAUGGAGCUUACAAUAAUCUAAUUGAUGCCGAAAUCUUAUCUGGACAAUUUGCUGGAACUAGAGUGUUUUUACCAAGAAUCUCUUUAAAGACCACAGAAAGUGCAGGACUCCCAUUCGAAAUGAUGAGAAAACAGUUUCCAGUGAAAUUGAGUUUUGCACUAACUAUAAAUAAAUCACAAGGGCAGACAAUACCAAAUGUGGGUAUUUAUCUACCAGAUCACGUAUUCAGUCAUGGACAAUUGUACGUGACUUUAUCAAGAGGAGUUUCAGCGUCUACAAUAAAAGUCUUGGUAAAGAAAGGAGAGUUACACGGUAACGAAGGAGUCUUCACAAGAAAUGUUGUGUACAAAGAUAUUUUGCUUCCCUCGAAUUCAACAUAA